UCAUUCAGACGUGCCUCUGAUGUUUUUUAUCGACUUUCCUUGACUGAACGAAGACCAUAUAUUUAUAAGAAGCAUUCAGCAAUACAUCAAACUCUUUCUAUAAAUUAGAUCUUCAACAAAUGAUGGGGAAAUAGUUCUUCUGCACAUUGUAUUUCACAGCAACAUUUUUUUUGUCUUCACAGUUUGGAAUGUAGACGAGAUUAUCAAUUAACAGAUUAAUUAAUCUUGGAUAACUUUACAAACGAUUUAACAGUUUACACCUGUUUUGGAUAUUAAGUAAGAUCACAAAUAAAAGAAGCAUAACAAUAAAGUAUUCUCUGAAAAUAGUAACACAACUAAAUACAAACAUCCAUAGAAUUUGAAAAAAACACUAUCAUUUUGGUAUUUAUGACAAAUUAUUAUCUCAUAAUGAAUAAUUUAAGAAAUCCAAACAACCCUGAUACAAGAGAGAAGCCAUAUCAUUGUGAUAUCUGUGGUAAAUCAUUCAGUGAAGAAAGAGUCUUAACUAAACACAAAUGCAUUCAUACAGGAGAGAAAUCACAUCGCUGUGAUAUCUGUGGUAAAUCAUUCUCUCAAAAUGGUAAUUUGACUAUUCACAAACGUAUUCAUACUGGGGAAAAACCAUGUCAGUGUGAUAUCUGUGGUAAAUCAUUCUCUCAAAGUGGUUCUUUGACUUAUCACAAAAGUACUCAUACUGGGGUAAAACCAUAUCAGUGUGAUAUCUGCGGUACGUCAUUUUCUGCAAAAUUCUUGUUAACUAGACACAAACGUAUUCAUACUAGGGAAAAGCCAUAUCAAUGUGAUAUCUGCAGUAAAUUAUUUUCCACAAAAGGCAUUUUAACUGCUCAUAAAUGUAUUCACAUUGGGGUAAAACAAUAUCACUGUGAUAUCUGUGGUAAAUCAUUCUUUCAAAGUGGUUGCUUGACUAAUCACGAACGUAUUCAUACUGGGGUAAAACCAUAUCAGUGUGAUAUCUGCAGUAAAUUAUUUUCCACAAAUAGCACUUUAGUUCGUCACACACGUACUCAUUUAGGUGAGAAGCGAUUUUAUUGUAAUAUCUGUGGUAAAUCAUUUGUUAAAAAUAGUGACUUGACUAAUCACAUACGUGUACAUACAGGAGAGAAGCCAUAUCACUGUAAUAUCUGUGGUAAAUCAUUUGCUAGAUAUAGUUACUUGUAUAGUCACAAACUUAUUCAUACUGGGGAAAAACGAUAUCAAUGUGAUAUCUGCAGUAAAUUAUUUUCCACAAGUGGCGCUUUAGUUCGUCACAAACGUACUCAUACUGGGGAAAAACCAUAUCAGUGUGAUAUCUGUGGUAUAUCAUUUGCUCAAAGUGGUGACUUGCCUAAACACAAACGUACUCAUACAGGAGAGAAGCCAUAUAGUUGUGAUAUCUGUGGUAGAUCAUUUUCUGGAAGUGGUGAUGUGACAAAACACAAACGUACACACACAGGAGAGAAGCCAUAUCAUUGUAAUAUCAUCUGCAGUGUAUCAUUCUUAGAAAGUGGUGUCUUGUCUAUACGCAAAGAUACACAUACAGGAGAGAAGCCAUAUCAUUGCAAAAUCUGUGGUAAAUCGUUCUCUCAUAGUAGUUACUUAACUAAGCACAAACGUAGACAUACAGGAGAGAAGCCAUACCAUUGUGAUAUCUGCGGUAAAUCAUACAAUUGUAAUAGUCAGUUGACUAUUCACAAACGUCUUCAUACAGGAGAGAAGCCAUAUCAUUGUGAUAUCUGUGGUAAAUCAUUCUCUCAGAGUAGUAACUUGACUGAACACAAACGUGUACAUACAGGAGAGAAGCCAUAUCAUUGUGAUAUCUGUGGGAAAUCGUUCUCUCAGAGUGGUGUCAUGACUAAUCACAAGCGUGUACAUACAGGAGAGAAGCCAUAUGAUUGCGAAAUCUGUGGUAAAUCAUUCUCUUUAACUAGUAACUUGAUUAAACACAAACUUACACAUAUAGCAGAGAAGCCUUAUCAUUGCAAUAUCUGUGCUAAAUCAUUCUCUCGUAGUAGUUACUUAACUAAGCAUAUCCGAACACAUACAGGAGAGAAGCCAUAUCAUUGUGAAAUCUGUGGUAAAUCAUUCUCUCUAACUGGUACCUUGACCACACACAAACGUACACAUACAGGAGAGAAGCCAUAUCAUUGUGAUAUUUGUGGUAAAUCUUUCUCUCAGAGUAGUUAUUUGACUAACCACAAUCUUACACACACAGGAGAGAAGCCAUAUCAUUGUGAUAUAUGUGGUAAAUCAUUCUCUCGUAAUACUCAUUUGACUAAACACAAUCUUACACAUACAGGAGAGAAGCUAUAUCAUUGUGACAUUUGUGGUAAAUCAUACUUUCAAAGUAGUGGCUUAACUAGACACAUGCGCAUACAUACAGGAGAGAAGCCAUAUCAUUGUGAUAUUUGUGGUAAAUCAUUCUCUCAUAAUAGUUAUUUGACUAACCACAAUCUUACACAUACAGGAGAGAAGCUAUAUCAUUGUGACAUUUGUGGUAAAUCAUACUUUCAAAGUAGUGAUGUAACUAGACACAAACAAAUACAUACAGGAGAGAAGCCAUAUCAUUGUGAUAUUUGUGGUAAAUCAUUCUCUGAAAGUGGUUCCUUAACUAAGCACAGACGUAGACAUACAGGAGAGAAGCCACAUCCCUGUGACAUUUGUGGUAAAUCAUUCUAUCAAAGCAAUGACUUAACUAAACACAAACGUACACAUACCGGAGAGAAGCCAUAUCAUUGUAAUAUCUGUGGUAAAGCAUUCUCUGAAAAUGGUCAAUUGACUUGUCACAAACGUAUUUAUACUGCAGAAAGACCAUAUAAUUGUGAUAUCUGUGGUAAAUCAUUCUCUCAGAGUGGGAACUUGACUAAACACAAACAUACACAUACAGGAGAGAAGCCAUGUCAUUGUGAUAUCUGUGGUGAAUCUUUCUCUUAUAAUUGUCAGUUGACUAAACACAAAUUUACACAUACAGGAGAGAAGCCCUAUCAUUGUGAUAUAUGUGGUAAAUCAUUCUCUCUAACUGGUACCUUGACCACACACAAACGUACACAUACAGGGGAGAAGCCAUAUCAUUGUGAUAGCUGUGGUAAAUCAUUCCCUCAAAGUAGUGGCUUAACUAGACACAAACUUAUGCAUACAGGAGUAAAGCCAUAUUAUUGUGAUAUCUGUGGUAAAUCAUUCUCUAGAAGUUGUUACUUGCAUGAACACGAAUGUACACAUACAGGAAAGAAGCCAUAUCAUUGUGACAUCUGUGGUAAAUCUUUCUCUCAUAGUAUUUACUUAAGUAGACAUUUGACUAUUCAUACAGGUGUAACAGAAUCAAUAUGAAAAUUUAUUACAACAUAGCAACAAUUAUGAAUAUUUUGUCUGCUAAAAGACAGGCUUUAUUUCAUGAACGUCAACAUGAAAUUCAUGAAUAUCAACUUUAGUAUUAUGUAUAUAUCCAAAUAUAUCAACACAGCAAUGACUUUGAUUUUUGAAGAGGAUUGUGCUGGACUUUUGAGGAAUUUGUUGGGAGAGAAGAAAAGAAUGGGAAUAAUGAAUAAAAAUUUUAAGUGACGUUGA